ACGCUCUGGACGCGAUUUAGUUGGAGCCAAGCGUGCAAGCGGUAAACAUGUCUCAAACGCGUCUCAGUCGGUGGCAAAGCGGCAGCAGCAUUGUGUUCUGCCUGCUGUUGGCCGGGCUCGCAGCGGUGCACGGCCAAUCGGGCACUUGGAACAAUGGCAAUGGCGGCGUGGGCGCCUGGUCGAACGCCCAAACGGGCGGCGCUGGCAUGCAUCCGCCGGGCAGUCUGAGCGGCCAGGAUCCGCAGUACAGCUAUGGCUAUGCGGGCGUUGAUUCACGCGGCACGUACGGCGGCGCGGGUGGCAACGGGGGCUACUAUGUGAGCGGCACGGAUGAGCACGGCAGGCCCUUCUCCUACAAUGGGCAGGGCAAUCAGCCACUGCCCGGACAGCCGGGCUACAACAUGGACAGCAACGGCAGGUAUCCCGGCAGCUAUGGCUACAGGGGCGGAGCAGCAGCCACCGCAAGCGGCACACUGGGCGUGGCACUGACCCUGGCCCUUGGCGCCGCACUGCUGGCCAGGAGCUCUUGAACUGGGGAAGCAGCAGCAUUUGUUGGUCUUUUUUUUGCUUAGUUUCUAAGUUUAAUUUAUGUAAAUUGCCGCAAACGUGUGAAUUGUUCAAUUAAAGAAGGAAAAGUGGCAAGCGAGA